AUAAAGUACCCACAUCAAUUGGAAAUACUGAGUAUCCACAGAAUAUCAAGAUUCCAGCCAAUUUUACUAUUCCGGCCGGAAAUGAUUUUAAAUUUCAUUUGUCCCUUGCCGGAUUUGUCUGGUACAUGUGUGAUACUAGUAGUGAUGAUAAGUGGAUUACGGAUGGCCAAUAUCAUGUUCUAUCAGCUAUUCCAGAACAUGAUACUUCAUCAAUGAUCACAACUGUUAUUAACGACGCACCAUCACCUGAUCCAACUAAAAAUUAUCCAUCCGAGCUCAUUUCUGUUAUAAGUACUGCAGGAGUUGGAGCAUUUUCAAAUAUUACCUAUUACAUUCUUACAGCUACUGAUGGCGGAGUACCAUCACCGAAGUCAGACUGUGGGACCAAAUAUCCAAAUGGUUAUCUCUUUUCCGAACCAAUUUGUGCAACUAUCUUAUACUAUGGGAGAAACUAA